ACAUUUGUUUGCAUGAAGCGUCCUUUGAAUCAAACGAAAGGGGGAAACAGGGAAGAGAGAAACCCUAACGCUUAGAAAUCACGGGGAACGUCGUCGCAAAUCGCCGCCGCGACCGGAGGUCGGCGAUGGCGAGUAACUCCGCAAAACCCCCCUCCGACGCCGGAGCCGUCGCAGCGAUUCCAGCUUCCCCCACGCCGGCAAAAUCCAUCGAUUCGGCGAUGCCGAGGCCGCGCCUCUCCGGCGAUCAGCUGCGCUACUGCUCCGGAGCUCUCCAGCACUUCAAAACAAAACCUCCGCAGACGAUCCGCCAAGAGUUCAUGAUCUUGCAGGAUAAUAGGAUGACGGCCUCAGAUAUGAGGAGCAGAUGUACUGUGGCUCUUGACAGUGCUAAUAUCUCAAAGAAUCGUUAUACUGAUGUCUUGCCAUUUGAUGAUAACAGGGUUAUCUUGAAGCAGUGCGCAGAUUACAGACCUUCAGCUAGGGGUUACGUCAAUGCUAGUUUUAUUACAACUUCUGAAAGUGUUUCUCGGUUUAUUGCAACUCAAGGUCCACUUUCACAUACUUCUGAGGAUUUUUGGGAAAUGAUAAUCCAGUAUCAAUGCCCAGUCAUAAUUAUGUUAACCCGGUUGGUUGACGAUUACCGUACACUGAAAUGUGUUGAUUAUUUCCAAGCUGAGAAUGGACCUAGAGAGUUUGGUAACAUAUGCAUUGCCACCAAGAAGAUGGAAACAUCCGAUACUUCAUUAAUAUGGCGGUCCUUAGAAGUGAAAUACAAAGAGUCAGAGGAGCCACCAUUGUCAGUUCUGCAUGUACAGUACCCUGAAUGGCCGGAUCACGGAGUUCCUAAUGACACUCUUGCUGUUCGUGAAAUCUUCAGAAAAGUAUCUAGUGUGCCGCCCAGUCUAGGGCCCAUUGUUGUUCAUUGCAGUGCAGGCAUUGGUAGAACUGGUACAUACUGCCUCAUUCAUAAUACGAUUCAAAGAGUUCUAGCCGGAGACAUGAGUGCUUUGGACCUUCUUACUACUGUAACCACUUUUAGGUCUCAGCGAAUUGGAAUGGUGCAAACUCUGGAGCAGUAUCUCUUCUGCCAUGAUGUGAUCAUUGAUGAACUUCAAGACUACUUAUCAGUUGGGAACUCACAAGGCAGUUUAUAAUGGUAUUCACUGUUUCAUGAGGAAAGUCAUCAUGAUUUGCUGCUGAAAAUCUGUCGAAUUCAUAUUCCUGUUAAAUCGCCAUCCAUUUCUUGCUCUAACGAGGAUGUUAUUCUGACGACAAGCAUCUUGAUCCAGAAAUCGGAAAACCUUCUGCUCUUUCACAAUUCUCUGUAGGACAGCCUCUAACAGUAGCAAAAUUCACUUUAUUUAUGUAAUAUUUUGGUGUAUAAAAACCACACUAUCUGUUUGAUGUUGAAACAAAACCGUAUUUCAUUUGUCA